GCCUUCACCCCCAUCUCCUCCUUCACAUUGCUUGUACUAAUUCAUUAUCCUCCUCCGCCAUCCCCCCAACCAACCAACCAACCAACCAAAAAAAAAAAAAAAAAAAAAAAAAAAACUGCCUUUCGUCAUGGAGGUCAAGAACCUGGUCAACGUUGUUAAUGCCGUCAUUCCCCUGUAUUUUGCAAUUCUCUUGGGUUAUCUAUCAGUCAAGCCGUGGAACAUAUUUACCCAGGAGCAGACCAAAUCCCUCAACACCCUCAAUGCCGUCUUCGUCAUCCCCGCAUUUUCCUUCCAAUUCCUCGCCAAGACAGCCAUUUACGAUAUGAACCUUAUCUUCGUACUUGCUGAUACUGUCGCCAAGUUCGGCAUGCUAGUUGGGCUUGGGCUUUGGGUGCAGUACUUGACCGCAAUCCCGACCGUGAGUGGAAAGUGGGAAUGGUUUGUUGUGUCCUUCAUGGUGGCGAGCGUGGCCAAUACGCUCAUCAUCGGCAUCCCACUUCUCCACGCAAUGUACGGCUCCGACUCUGCAACCCUGCUGGCCCAGGUCGUCGUUGUGCAGUUGGUCCUCUGGUUCCCGGUCCUGCAAAUCCUGUCACAGCUCAACACAUCUAUCCGCAGCACAGAGGCCCUAAAGGAUUUGGAAGACCACAGUGUGGCAGGGUCCAUCACAUCAUCAGGUGUAGCAGAUGCCAGCGUGGUGGGAGGUACUGCUCCCUGUCAUCAGGACACUGCAGUGCAAGUGCAGGUAGAAAAAGGCAGCAACCUGCGAGGGGACGCUGUCGAGCAGCAGCAGCUCCGUCAGAAGUUGGCAAAGGAAAACUUCAAGUGUAUCGGUGGCGAGGGGGCGGAUCCGCCCAACUCCUUUGAGCGAGUUGAAGAGCGGGGAGGCAAGGUUCCCAAAGGAGAGACCGAUGGAAAGAGAGGUCCUGGAGUGGCAUCUAUAACGAUGCAGAUCGCCUCCAUCAGAAAAAAGUUUGGCCCUUGGGUGAACAAGCUGAGGAGUGCAGCUCUGCACCACCACUUUUCAGGUGGCAAGUCCACCAGCAAGGAUUCUGUCAGUGACUAUCUGAAGAAGAAGAAAACCUCGAGCUCGAGCUUCAUUACCAAACAGUGCAAACACACACAACCAAUCCAGGCUGUCAGUCCAAAUGGCAGACCCAGUCCUGCUGCUGCCGAUACUUCCGCACGAUCCCCACGCGCCGACUUAAGACAAAUGGUCAUGGCUCCUGGCGCUUGUGACACAUCAGGACUUGCCGCAAACAGUUCAGGGGGGCUAAGGGGGGUUGGACAAGGAAGCACAGCUUUUAACCCAGGGUUACGUGAGAGUUGCCACCCUCUUGAAACGCCGCAGCAUGGGGAGCUCUCACCAGCAGUGGGAGAGUCUGCUGUCAAAUUGUUGAAUGAAGAGUCCUCUACAUCAGAUUCUGGACAAGGAUCGCCAGGAAUGGCCGCUCCAGCUCAGCUGCCUGCGGCUUCUGUUGCUGGUCCUUUGGAAUCACAAUCCAGAUCGGAGUCGGGCUUGGAUUGCCGGUUCAAUGCAUGCCAGCUGGCACAAAGUGUGGACACAGACACGGAGGCCGCCGGCAUAUCUGACCGGGCGUGGUGUUCAGCGGGAGCAACCUUUGAUGGUUGCGAUCCUGCUGCCACAGGUCCAACUCUGAGCCGGCUUGGCGGUGAGGUGCCAGAUUGCAACCUGGCAGGACCACCACCAUCGGAUUCGCUGGAUCAUCAAUCGUCGACGGACGGAACGAAGUGCAUUCAACUUGAUAUGUCAUCGACCGGAGUCCCAACAGCACAUGCAGGAAUGCACAUCAUCACCAUCAAGCCACCAACAGGUCCUCUCGAUUCUGCGCCCGGUGCAUCUGCACCAGCUACUACGUCUUUGGAGGGAAGUAUGUCAAGAGAGGCAAAAUCCAGAGGACAGGCAAAGCAUGCAAGGAGCUGCAAUGGUGAAGAGAAGCCAAGCAAUCUGCCUCAGCUGGCAAGCAGGAGAAAAUCUGAGGAGAAGGUUGAGAUGGCAGAGAACGGGGGAGGGGCAGCGGCAUCUGCUGAGGAUAGGGGACGGCUUUCCGCAACUCCAGGAGGUGCAGAAGGAGGUAAAUCAGACCAACAUCAGCAGCAGAUCACCGGCCAAGCUGGGAGUCGAUCUGCGCCAUUGGAUUUCUCAUCUAGAUUGAUGCCUGAAUUUCAAACAUCCUCUAGUGGAGCAGGAAGUGGAGGAGGAGGAGGAGGAGGAGGAGGAGGAGGACAGGUAUUAACAGGCGACAAGGAGGAUAAGGAUUUUGUGACGAAAUCUGCAAAUUAUGAUAAUUAUCCACAUUCGACGUACCGGCAAACAUUGGUUCCAAGUUUAGCAAUCAGUUUCAUGCCUGCGAGAGGAGAUGAAUCUGGUCCAGUUAUUGAACAUCCAAAGUCACUGUGGUCUCAGCCUGGUCUUGCCACAACAGUCACUCCACAACAGUUACAUGCGAAAUCCCAAUUGAUAGCAGAACGAGAAGAACGUGUAAAUACGGUACCCGUGGACGCGAUUGUGAUCACCUCAGCCCGCCCAACAGCUGAGCUUUUGACGCCAAUACUGAGCCCCACGCCUACACCCAUACCGGUGCCUGUACAGGUCACAGGGGCUUUGAGAAACAUGCCAAUCGGAGAACGCGGGAGAAAGAAGGGGAGGCGACCAUCGGUGAGAAUGAGUCGCGCAGAGAUCAAGCAGGCUGUGAAAGCCAGCGCAAAUUCUUUUCUACACAGUCAGCUUGUUUGGGCAAGCAUCCUCGGCCUCACGUAUAGCCUCAUCGCAGGAAAACUUGGCUUCAAGAUGCCUACGAUUAUCGACAAAUCCUUGACACUCAUGGCGAACUUGUGCCUCGGUCUAUCAAUGUUCAGCUUGGGACUGUUUAUGGCUUUGCAAUCAAAAUUGAUUCCUAUUGGUGCAUGGACUACUACGUGGACCUUCUCAUUGAGACUUUUUUGGGGACCUCUAGUGGUGACAAUAGUUACUUACCUUUUCGGAUGCAGAGGUCUCUUGCUCAAAGUAGCCUUCAUACAGAAUGCAUUGCCACAAGCUGUUUUAACAUUUGUCCUCGCCAAUCAGUUCCACUUGCGUGCCGAUGUUCUCAGCACAGGAGUUUGUUUUGGGACCCUGGUGUCUCUUCCACUUUUGAUUAUCUACUACGUUAUUCUGGAAAAGAUUCUGUGAAAACAUUCUGUAAAAAGCUUCGGUGAAAAGAUUCCGUGAGGCGUCACUCAAGAUGCAGCACCAAAUUU